AUGCCAAAGCUACUAUAUCCCACAACCUUGAAGCUCGACAUCAAGAGCCUUGAAGGGUAUUCGGUUGAGCUGAAGCCAUAUGAUGGCAAGAGUCCUUUUGCGGACGAGGACACAGAUGCAGAAUUCUUGGUAACAUGGUCUAACACGCCUGAUAACCUGAAAGAUGCAUCAAAACGCCUCAAGAAGCUCCGUUGGAUCCAGUCACUUGCCGCUGGACCUAACGACGUCCUUAGCGCGGGUUUCGACUCCAGCAUCAUCGUCACCACUGGCUCCGGCCUACACGACCAUACUGUGGCUGAGCACGCUCUCGGCAUGCUGCUCAACAGUGCUCGCCGAUUCUACGAGAUGCGCGACUAUCAACUCCAGGGUAAAUGGCCAGGACACUUGGGAGGCCCUCAGCCCGAUCGACCAGCAGGAGCGUUCACCACUCUCCGCGACGCCAACAUCCUCAUCUGGGGAUUCGGGAACAUCGCCAAGAAACUCACACCAUGGUUGACCGCACUAGGAGCCACAGUUCGCGGCGUUGCCCGCCACGCUGGCGUGAGGAAUGGUAUUGAGGUUUACAGCGAAGACAAACUGCCCGAGCUGCUCCCUAAAACGGACGCUCUGGUCAUGAUCCUGCCUGGCUCGGAAAGCACGCACCACGCUCUUAACGCGGAGCGCCUGAAGCUCCUGCCGAAGCACGCGUGGAUCGUCAACGUCGGAAGAGGAACCUCCGUGGACGAGGACGCUCUGACCGCUGCUCUAGAGAAGGGUGAGAUUGGAGGCGCAUCUCUCGAUGUGUUCGAGAAGGAGCCGCUACCGGAGGGCAGCUCGUUGUGGAAGGCACCAAAUCUGGUGGUCUCGCCGCACGCUGCCGGUGGAAGGCCUCAAGAUGCGGAAGCGCUCAUUGCGUAUAAUCUGAGGAGACUUCUCGCCGGACAGGAGUUGAAGAACGUUAUUUGA